CGCAGUGAUGCUGGCGUGAUUCCGGAUUUGCCGACGGCGCGAUCUCGAAACGACGACCUGCAGUCGAAUGCGAGGACUAUCGGACCACUCGGGAAAUCACAGACCCGAUGGAUGUCCUCUGUUCACGCAACGACGCAUGUCGGCGAUGAUCGUUGAUGGACAAGCCCGCGCCGAACACACGUUCAGCAAAAGACGCCGUGACGAGGAAAGGGAAGAGCGAGUUCAAACGAAGUCCUGCAAAAUACCGCAGGAAGCUCAAGGUUCGACAAUGGCGCCAAAAGAGCGGCAACAGUCUGCAACCACUGCGCGGACUGCAACCAACAUACACUUUGGACCGACCUACAGAUGGCGGUCUUUCACGACACACACACGACGACGACAUUUUCUUGGUUCGGCAUUGGGGAAUGGAAAGGCAUGGGCACAGGAUCGGGCAACUUGGGUCUUCUUUGUUGUACAUACUCGGCGGCAUUGGGUGAGGCAAAACGGUUCCUGGUGUUGAGCUUGAUGCCGAUGAGGAUUGCGUGGGAAUGGGUUCUGGUGCGCGAACGGGAUCAUUGGACAUGAGGAGUGGGUGUGCGAUAGCCGGAGGAGAUGGGCUGGAUGGCAGAGUUGGUCUGCUG